CAGGUGGCAUGUGGUGAGCCGAAGUUCUUCGUCCAUUUUGUUCGCAUCAGACUUUCCGUAGUGUUGUUCUCGGUGUCGUACUCAGCAUUGGUGACAACAUAAAGAUGCAAGUCUUUGUAAAAACCCUCACGGGCACCAUCGCCGUUGAGGUUGAAAGUACCGAUACUGUUGAAAAACUAAAGCAAGCGAUUGAAGUGAAAGAAUCCAUCAAGCCUGACCAACAGCGUCUUAUUUAUGGAGGCAAACAGUUGGAGAAUGGCAACACGCUCGCUCAUUACAAUAUCCAGAAAGAAUCCACCAUCCACCUAGUCUUUAGACUUCUUGGAGGUGCCAAAAAAAGGAAGAAGAAGAAUUACUCUACACCCAAAAAGAUCAAACACAAGAAGAAGAAGGUUAAGUUGGCUGUACUCAAAUAUUACAAAGUUGAUGAAAACGGCAAGAUUAGCAGGUUGAGGAGGGAGUGCGAGUCUGAGGUAUGCGGGGCUGGAGUUUUUAUGGCUGCUAUGGCCGACAGGCAUUACUGUGGCAAAUGCGGCUAUACUCUUGUGUUUAAUAAACCUGAAGACAAGUGAUGAAAAUUUUAAAUGUUUACAUAUAAAAUAUUAUACCGUUAAUAAAAAACAUUUUUAUUCGGUA